CAGAUGAGGUCUGACAUAUGCACCCUAAAACAGCCAUUAGCAGUUACAUAGCAUCCGAAGUGACACUCUAUCAAUAAUGUCACCCUGAGAAUGGGACAGGUUUGUUGCUGGCUUUAAAUCAUUGGACUGUUCACAUGGCUGCAACACAGACAAGUUAGGGGAAAGCACUAACGCUUGAUAUCAUUGAGAAUCCGGGGAAUUUUUAAACAUGGGAGAGACUUUUGAAUCUACUUUGCAACUAUGAUGGCCACCCUGUGGUCUGUAGUGAAUUAGGAUACCUUUUCAAAUAUACUUCGCUUCAGUAUGAAAAAAUAAUGAAAAACUGAAUGUUAUUCAAGGGGAUGUGUGUCUUUUAAGUGAAACGAUGCAGAAUUCAAAGGCAACCAAGCUGAUGUUUUCUCGGACUGCCCUGGCCUGAGAAAACACUGCCUGUCCACAGCAGCACUGGGUGGCGCUGUCGGCCCUGCUCAGCAGACACUGCUCAUGUGACCUGACAGACUGCCACCCUAUUGGCUUUCUCUUCCUCACCUGGGCCUUUUUGCUUCGGAGACCCGAGAAAUACUCUUAAACCUGGGGAAUACAACAAAGAGCACGCGGGCGCAAUCUUUCAUGGCGGCGAGGAGGCGGAUCUGAAAAGCCUUUACUUAUUUAUUUGUUUUUUCAUAAAAAGACGAACGUCGGAACAUUAGAAAAACCCUUUGGCCUCCUGGGGCGGUCUCCCCAGCCUGCUGAGACUUUGAGGGUGCAACCUUUCUGUCCCUGGCAUCAAACAGACACUUGAAAAGAAGACACGAACAGAAGGGCUUUCUGCUCAGUGGCAGCUCGACAAGACCCCAUCAGGCCUGGAUGCGAUGAACGCCUCAUGUAGGCAUCAGCAUGGAAAGCUGUGAGUCUCCCGCGGUUUCUGGGACAGACGAUGGGCUCGCCACCUCCUCCUCCCAGCAACAGCAGCACCCUCCGCAGCCCUGGAACGAUCACUCUAACGUACAGGUCCCUCCCAGCAACCAGACCCAUUCCUUGGAGCCCCUAUCGCUCUCGGCGCCCUAUCCUUCCCAGCACCAGGCUCCUAAUGUUCCCCGUGAGGGUGUGAGAGAGCAGCAGAGGCCCGCGCCCCCAGCCCCCAGCGAGAGCUCUGCGGCAGGGCAACACCCGUCGAGGCGAGAGGGCAUUGAGGAGCAGGAGGAGGAAGUGGGUAGCUGCGGAGAGGAAGACGAUGAAGACUUGGAGGACUUGGAAGAAGAAAUGGAAAUCGAUGGCUGUUUCCCAAGUCUGCAGCCCUUCCAAGGAGUACCCAUGGCUCCGGGAGGAGGGAUGCCAACUCUCCUGCGCCAACAGGCACGACGGAGAGGGGCGACAGAGAGCGGGAGUGAGGAAGGAGAGGAGGAAGAGGAGGAGGACAGCAGUGAUGUGGAGAACCUGGCUGGAGAGAUUGUCUACCAGCCCGACGGCUCAGCCUACAUCGUGGAGAGCCUCAGCCAGCUGAUCCAAAGUGGUGGGGGGGUGGCACCCGGCCUGCUCCCCACAAACUCUCUCCCCAGCACGGGGAAGCCGGGCGAAUCUGCCGGGACCUCUUCCUCGGUCUACCCUCAGAUCAUCAACACGUUCCACAUAGCCUCGUCUUUCGGAAAGUGGUUCGGCUCCUCAGACCAAGGCUUCCCCAAUACCUCAACCCUGGCAGGCCUGAGUCCUGUCCUGCACAGUUUCCGCGUCUUCGAUGUGCGGCACAAAAGCAACAAGGAUUACUUAAACAGCGACGGGUCUGCCAAGAAGUCCUGCGUAUCCAAAGAUGUUCCCAACAACGUGGAUUUCUCCAAAUUCGAUGGGCUGGCCCUCUAUGGCAAAGGCAAGCCCAUCCUCAUGUGUUUCCUCUGCAAGUUGUCCUUCGGCUAUGUGCGCUCUUUCGCCACUCAUGCUGUGCACGACCAUCGCAUGACCCUGAGCGAGGAUGAGCGCCGGCUUCUGGGGCAUAAACACGCCUCUGCUAUAAUCCAGGGCAUUGGAAAGGACAAGGAACCCCUUAUCAGCUUCCUGGAACCAAAAAACAAGAGCUCCCCUGCACCUCCUUCCCUGGUGCCCCUUAGCUCUGGGCAGAACUUCUAUGGCACAUUUAGUGGGGUCCACUUAGAGGCAGGGAGUAGUGGUGGAGGUAGUGAAGCCCUCCUUAACAAAGACUCCAAUGCGGGCCCCCAGCAAGCCCCAUUAGGUCCCAUACUAACACUGGGAGGGCUUGGCAGCCCCAAGCCGCCCUUGCUUACCUCAGCCCCAGGCCCUGCCAAAGACUCCAGCUCCCCGCCCGAGCAGCGAGGGAGAGCAGAGGGGCCUGCUGGGAAAGAGGGAACACGAAGGGGGGAGGAUGAGGAGAGGGAGGUAGGGGAGGGCGAAAUACUCUUGCCGAGCGAGGAAAUGGGCUCGGAGGAAGAGGAGGAACUGUUAUUAGAGGAAGAGGAUGAUGAGGAAGAGGGCACUGCGGUGGCCUGCGGCAGUAGUAGCAGCAGCGGCGGAGAAGGGGGGGAACUGGCUGUCUCAAACCAAAGCAUUUCCAAAUCUCCUUUAUUAAUGCCUAGUAGCGCUCUCCAGCCUUCCGCCUGCCCCUCUGUGGCCAGCCCCACGCACAACAGCAAAGCCCCCAACUCAACUUCCUCUUCCUCUGUCAGGGUGUUUGAAGGGGGGGCGGCUGUAGAUGGUGGGGGGAGGACCUCAGAGCUCCCUUUGAGCUUUAACUGCCAGGGCCCCGCUCUCCCUGCGGGGGUGGCGGCAGCAGCAGGUAGAGGGGGUGAGGAUGAUGGGGCGGCAUGCCCUCCUGCUGCCACCUCGGCCCCUCUCGCCUCCAGUGCCGCCACAGAUGAAAGUGCCAAUCGAGAUAGUGCCACAGCUCCUGAACCAAAUGAAAGCCCAGCUGAGGGAGAAGAAGACAGUGGGGCUCUCCUGCACCAUCACCACCUUCACCACCAUCACCACCAUCACCACCUCCACCCCUCGGCCCACUCCCACAGCCACACACACCCCCACCCGGGAGCAACCUGCGAGCUGUCGGGGGCCGGCGAGUGCCCCCAGAAUGCCGCGGCUGGAGGUGGCGGAGGCAGUGGGGUGGAGUGCCCCAAAUGCGACACCGUGCUGGGAUCCUCCCGCUCCCUGGGCGGCCACAUGACCAUGAUGCACUCCCGCAACUCGUGCAAGACUCUCAAGUGUCCCAAGUGCAACUGGCACUACAAGUACCAGCAGACACUUGAGGCCCAUAUGAAGGAGAAGCACCCGGACCCAGGAGGCUCCUGUGUCUACUGCAGCACUGGGCAGAGUCACCCUCGCCUGGCCCGGGGAGAGAGUUAUACCUGUGGCUACAAGCCUUUCCGCUGUGAGGUCUGCAACUACUCCACCACCACGAAGGGCAACCUCAGCAUCCACAUGCAGUCUGACAAGCACCUCAACAACAUGCAGAACCUGCAGAACGGGGGUUCCAUGGCCUCUGCAGGGGAGCAGGUGUUCGGACACGCCCCGGGCGGAGUGGUGGGCGUGCCCUCGGCCACACAGGCUACCGCCCAUCACCCCGCCCACCACCACCACCCUGCCCAGUCCACGGCCCAUGUGAGCGGAGCCUGCGGGGCCCCCUCCCCCACCAAGCCAAAAAGCAAGCCCACGUGGCGCUGCGAGGUGUGCGAUUAUGAAACCAACGUGGCCCGCAACCUGCGCAUCCACAUGACCAGCGAGAAGCACAUGCACAACAUGAUGCUGCUUCAGCAGAACAUGACCCAGAUGCAGCACGGCCGCUUGGGCCUGGGAGGCCUGCCCUCGCCCUCUGAAGCCGAGCUCUACCAGUACUACCUGACGCAGAACAUGAGUCUACCCCCAGGCCUCAAGAUGGACACCACAGGGGCCGACGCCCAGUUCCUGCUGGGCGGCUUCCAGCUUGACCCCAACAUGGCCGCCCUGGCACCUGCACUUGUGGGCGGUGAGAUCCCCCUGGACAUGCGUCUGGGGGGCGGUCAGCUGGUGUCAGAGGAGCUGAUGACCCUGGGGGAGAGCCUGUCCCAGACCAGCGACCCCUCCCUCAAGCUCUUCCAGUGCGCUGUGUGCAACCGCUUCACCACCGACAACCUGGACCUGCUGGGGCUGCACAUGGGCGCCGAGCGCAGCCUGCCGGAGGAGGAGUGGAGGGCCGUGGUGGGCGACUCGCACCAGUGCAAGCUGUGCCGCUACACCACGCAGCUCAAGGCCAACUUCCAGCUGCACUGCAAGACGGACAAGCACGUCCAGAAGUACCAGCUGGUGGCCCACAUCAAGGAGGGCGGCAAGGGCAACGAGUGGCGGCUCAAGUGCGUGGCCAUCGGCAACCCCGUCCACCUCAAGUGCAACGCCUGCGACUACUACACCAACAGCCUGGAGAAGCUGCGGCUGCACACGGUCAACUCUCGGCACGAGGCCAGCCUGAAGCUGUACAAGCACCUGCAGCAGCACGAGCACGCGGUGGAAGGGGACGCCUGCUACUACCACUGCGCCCUCUGCAACUACUCCACCAAGGCCAAGCUCAACCUCAUCCAGCACGUGCGCUCCAUGAAGCACCAGCGCAGCGAGAGCCUGCGCAAGCUGCAGAGGCUGCAGAAGGGGCUGCCCGAGGAGGAGGAGGAGCUGGGCGCCAUCUUCACCAUCCGCAAGUGCCCGUCGGCCGACACCGGAGAGCUGAGUGAGGAUGUGGAAGCUGCCAGUGAGACCACCACAGACCAGGAGGACCAAACCAAAGACAGAGAGAGUGGGGGGGAGAAGGAGCUCACCAAAGGUACAGCAGCAGUAUCCAGCCAGGCGGAGAAGGAUCAGGCAGAUUCCUCACUCCCCUCCAAAAGACCUUCAUCAAGGUCUGGGGUAACAGAGGCUCCCCUUUCCUCUAAGCGUCCAAGGACAGCUGACAAGGGCGCUGCCGAGCAGAUGUACCAGUGCCCCUACUGCAAGUACAGCAACACGGACGUGAACCGCAUUAGAAUGCACGUGAUGACUCAGCACUCUGUCCAGCCCAUGUUCCGCUGUCCGCUGUGCCAGGACAUGCUCAACAACAAGAUCCACCUGCAGUUCCACCUCACCCACCUCCACAGCGUGGCGCCCGACUGCGUGGAAAAGCUCAUCGCCACGGUGACUGCAUCAGAGGUGUUACCAACGAGCAUGUUCAUACCUGUGACUGGCCCAGAGAGAGAAGGACACACUGCAGCACAGACUGCAGCCAAUUCCAGUGCUGAUGACACAAAGAAGCUACCAGCAGAAACCUCAGAGGCUGAACCUGAGAAGGGAGCCCCUCUACCUUCAGAAACUCCUGAAGCCCGUAAGUCACCUCUGGAAGACCAGGCUUCAUCAAAGGAAGAAACUGCUGGGUUCCUGUGCUGGAAAAAAGGUUGCAACCAGGUCUUCAAGACCUCCAAUGCUCUCCAGAUGCAUUUCAAUGAGGUCCACAACAAGAGGCCACAGCUGCCUGUCUCUGACCGACAUGUAUACAAGUACCGCUGCAACCAGUGUAGCUUAGCAUUCAAGACUGUGGAGAAGCUGCAGUUGCAUUCCCAAUAUCAUGUCAUUAGAGCAGCCACCAUGUGCUGCCUCUGUCAGCGUAACUUUAGAACCCUGCAGGCCUUGAAGAAACACCUAGAGACCAGUCACCUUGAACUGAGUGAGGCUGACAUCCAGCAGCUUUAUGGGGGCUUGCUUAUGAAUGGGGACCUGAUGGUCAUGGGUGAUCCUUCAUUGGGUGAAGACCAGGGAGCUCUGGGUGAAGAUGAAAAGGAAGGAGAGGAGAGUGACCCAGAGGAAAAGCAAAGCCCGGCUGGUAGUGACUCCGGUUCAGUACAGGAGGACUCGGGAUCAGAACCUAAGCGGGCCCUGCCUUUUCGGAAGGGCCCCAACUUCACCAUGGAGAAGUUUCUGGAUCCGUCCCGGCCUUUCAAAUGCACGGUGUGUAAGGAGUCCUUUACCCAAAAGAACAUUCUUCUUGUACACUACAACUCUGUCUCCCACUUGCAUAAGGUGAAGAGAGCCCUGCAAGAGUCUACCACUGGUCAGCCUGAGCCCACAAGCAGUCCAGACAACAAGCCUUUCAAGUGCAGCACCUGCAAUGUAGCCUAUAGUCAGAGCUCCACUCUGGAAAUUCACAUGCGAUCUGUCCUCCACCAGACCAAAGCCCGGGCAGCCAAGCUGGAAGCAGCAGGGGGUAGCAGUAGCACCAUUAGUGCAAGUGGUGUUCCUGGAAGUGGUGUUAUGUCCUCAGUAGGCACCUCUACACCAAGUCCUAAUUCUGCUACCAACACAACAAGCACCACUAGCACCAACUCCUCAGCUGGAGCUCAAACUGUGCAAAGCUUGCUGGGAGGAAAUCAGUUACCACAGCCUCAUAGCAUAGAUAACCAUGGGAACUCAACCACUGGCCUGCCUUCUCCAUCAGACACCAAGGAAGCAAAGAAGAAGAAAUUGGCAGACAUGCUGUCCUCCAGAGGACAACAACAGCAACUGCAGCAGCAACAGCAGCAGCAACAGCAACAGCUUGCCCAGGCUCAAGCUCAAGCUCAGGCCCAGCUCCAGCAAGAGCUCCAACAACAAGCUGCUCUUCUCCAGUCCCAGCUUUUCAACCCAGCACUUCUCCAGCACUUCCCUAUGACCACAGAGGCUCUUCUCCCACUUCAGCAGCAGCAGUUGCUCUUUCCUUUCUAUAUCCCUGGAGCAGAGUUCCAGCUUAACCCAGAGAUCAACCUGCCAGUGAGCAGCUCCACCCUCAGUCUGGCUGGCUCCUCCUCUUCCUCCUCUUCCUUGUUAGAGGACCUGAAGCACUCUGCGCAGCAGGCACAGCAGACCUGCCUGCAACAGCAACUCAUGCACCAUCAACAACUGCAGCAACAGCAACACCAACAGCAGCACCAACAGCAGUCGCAAGUACAGGGGCAGAUGGCUUUGCUCCAACAGAAUGCAUCCCUGCUCCAUCAGGUAGAGAAAAAAACAAAACCCCCUGUUCCAAAUGAGAAGGAGAGAGAAGGGCAGAGAGAUAAGGAGGCUAAUGAGAAGACAGAAGAUGCAGGUCUCAUUUGCAGAGAGGGAACAAUGGAUAUAAUGAAAGCUAAAGAUAAGAAAGACCAGCAGACAAUGCAAGGUGCUGGGAGCUCCGAGCCUGGAUUUCCACCUCCAAGAAUUGCAUCAGAUGCUCGAGGCAAUGCUACCAAGGCACUCCUGGAGAACUUUGGGUUUGAGUUGGUGAUACAAUACAAUGAGAAUAAGCAGAAAGUUCAGAAAAGGCCAGGAGGUGUCGUAGGACAGAGUGGGCAAGGCGGCAUCAGCAGACUGGUGGACCCAAGUGAAGGACUGGAAAAGUUGGAGUGUGAGGCUUGUGGCAAACUGUUUUCCAACAUCUUGAUAUUGAAGAGCCAUCAAGAGCAUGUGCAUCAGGCUUUCUUUCCUUUCCGUUCCUUAGAGAGGUUUGCCAAGGAAUACCGGGAGCAAUAUGACAAGCUUUACCCUCUGAGACCCCAGACACCUGAAACAGCUCCCCCACCUCCUCCUCCGCCUCCCCCUCCUCCACCCCCACCUCAGCCAGCUCCUGCACCAAAUAUCCCUACCUCUGCCCCUCCACUCACGCCUCCUGCUAUUCCUACCCCACAGCCUCCUGUUCCCAUGGCUCAACUUCCCAUGCCCAUGGAGCUCCCGAUCUUCUCUCCACUGAUGAUGCAGCCCAUGUCUCUCCAGUCUUUGCCCACUCAAAUCCCCAGCCAGCUUCCAUCUGUGGAGCCGCUGGGCGCUGACCUUGCUCAGCUCUACCAACAGCAGCUCACCCCAGCCAUGCUCCAGCAACAGCAGCAGAAUAAAAGGCCCCGGACCCGCAUAACAGAUGACCAACUGAGAGUCCUGCGGCAGUAUUUUGACAUCAACAACUCCCCGAAUGAAGAUCAGAUCAAAGAGAUGGCUGACAAGUCGGGGCUGCCCCAAAAAGUUAUUAAGCACUGGUUCCGUAACACCCUUUUUAAAGAGCGCCAACGCAACAAAGAUUCACCUUACAACUUCAACAACCCACCUGUCACGACACUGGAGGAUACUAAACUUGAUUCUAAACCCCCCUCACCUGAGCCCCCAAAACCAGAGUAUUAUGGAAGCAAAAGAUCUUCAAGAACAAGGUUCACUGACUACCAGCUAAGGGUGCUUCAGGAUUUCUUUGAUGCUAAUGCCUACCCUAAAGAUGAUGAAUUUGAGCAGCUCUCUAACCUGCUGAAUCUGCCUACACGAGUUAUUGUAGUGUGGUUCCAGAAUGCUCGUCAAAAAGCUCGAAAAAACUAUGAGAACCAGGGAGAUGGAGUCAAGGAGGGUGAGAGGCGAGAGCUCUCCAAUGACCGUUAUAUCCGUACCAGUAAUUUGAACUACCAGUGCAAGAAAUGCAGCCUGGUCUUCCAGCGCAUCUUUGAUCUAAUCAAGCACCAAAAGAAACUGUGCUACAAGGAUGAGGAUGAGGAAGGGCAGUAUGACAGUCAAAAUGAGGACUCCAUGGAUGCUCUUCAUGAAUACCACACCCCAUCUGGUUCCUCCUGUAACACUCCCAUGCCCUCUUCCUCCAGUCUCUGCCCUCUGCCUCCAUCAACCUCAGCAUUUGCCCAUAUGACUUCCUCUGAAAAAGAAGAGGCUUCUCCUGUCACCAGACAGAAUUCGUUUGAUGAGAAGGCAAAACACUUAGGUGAGCCAUCAUCCCAGCUUCAGCCACAGGACACCCAGGGGCUUUCUAAGCCAGAGACGCCCCAGCAACCACAAGCAGAUCAGCAGCAACAGCAACAGCCACAAGAGGAAAAAGCCCAGGUAGCCCCAAAGACUCCCCAGCUUUCCACCCCUUCCCCUUCCCAGCAGCACCAGCAGCAGCUGCAGGGAGGUCCUGCCAUAUCCCAAGCCAGCCCUACUCCUUCACAAGGUUCCCACAUGGCACUCAACCCUCUCCUGGCCUCUACUUCACAGCAGCAGCAGCAACUUGGAACCAUGUCCCAACAGAUGAUCCCUUACCAGUGUGACCAGUGUAAGCUGGCUUUCCCUUCUUUUGAGCACUGGCAGGAACACCAGCAGCUUCACUUCCUCACGGUACAAAACCAGUUUAUCCAUCCACAGUUCAUUGACCGCCCUAUGGACAUGUCCUUCAUGCUGUUUGAUCCUAAUAAUCCCCUUCUUGCCAGCCAGCUUCUGUCAGGAGCUCUACCCCAAAUCCCCACCAGCUCUGCCACAUCACCGUCCACACCUACUUCUACGAUGAACUCCCUGAAGAGAAAAAUUGAGGAAAAAGCAGGUGCCAGUCCAGGGGAGAAUGACAGUGGAAACAGUGGAGAAGAGCCGCAGAGAGACAAGCGUCUCCGAACUACCAUCACACCAGAGCAGCUUGAGAUCCUGUACCAGAAGUACCUGCUCGACUCCAACCCUACCCGCAAGAUGCUUGAUCACAUUGCCCAUGAGGUGGGUCUCAAGAAGAGGGUGGUACAGGUCUGGUUUCAGAACACAAGGGCCAGAGAAAGGAAAGGUCAGUUCCGAGCUGUGGGCCCUGCUCAAGCACACCGUCGCUGCCCCUUCUGUCGUGCCCUCUUUAAGGCAAAGACAGCCCUGGAGGCCCACAUCCGGUCACGUCACUGGCACGAAGCAAAGCGUGCUGGUUACAACCUCUCUCUGUCCAGCAUGCUACCAGACCAGGAACCUUUCCAACUAAAAAUGGAUCCCCUGGAUGGUUCCAACUUCUCACAACUUCCUCCAUCAAACAGUGAUGGACAUUGUUCCUCUCUGUCACCAGUGAGCAAAACUAUGGAUCUCUCUCCCCGGGCCCUGUUGAGCCCAUCUUCUAUCAAGGUUGAGGGCAUGGAGGAUUUUGAAAGCCCAACCAUGUCUUCUGUCAAUUUAAGCUAUGACCCGAACAAGCUGGACAAUGAUGACUGUUCCUCUGUAAACACAGCCAUCACAGAUACAACUACUGGUGAUGAGGCCAACGCUGACAAUGAUAGUGCAGAUGCAAAGCACGCUCACAACACUGCCGACCUCCUGCCAAAAUCUGCGGGAACUGCUCCUUCUAUAGAGAAUGAUGACCAGAUGUCUUCAGGGCUUGUAAGCCCCGCAACUAGUUAUUAUGCCAAGGAUUAUGAAAAUGAAACAAUGGUGGACUACAGCGAGACAUCCAGUCUGGCAGAUCCCUGCUCUCCAAGCCCUGGGGCUUCAGGAAGCAAGAGUAUGGACAGUGGAGACCGGCCAGGCCAAAAGCGCUUCCGUACGCAGAUGACUAACCUCCAGCUGAAGGUGCUCAAGUCCUGUUUCAAUGACUACAGGACGCCCACCAUGCUGGAAUGUGAGGUGCUUGGCAAUGAUAUUGGACUUCCAAAGAGGGUCGUGCAGGUAUGGUUCCAGAAUGCUCGGGCCAAGGAGAAGAAAGCCAAGCUGAGCAUGGCCAAGCACUUUGGUAUCAACCAAACAUCUUAUGAGGGACCUAAAACCGAAUGCACAUUGUGUGGCAUUAAGUACAGUGCACGACUCUCAGUGCGAGACCAUAUCUUUUCCCAGCAACACAUCUCCAAGGUGAAGGACACUAUUGGGAGCCAGCUGGACAAGGAAAAAGAAUACUUUGACCCUGCUACUGUCCGUCAGCUGAUGGCUCAACAGGAACUAGACCGCAUUAAGAAAGCCAAUGAAGUUCUGGGACUAGCACAGCAACAAGCCCUGCAGCAGCAAGGGAUGUUUGACAACCCACCCCUGCAGGCUCUGAACCUCUCUUCCGCCUACCCCACAUUGCAGGGUAUACCCCCAGUCCUGCUGCCAGGGGUGGGCAGUCCCUCUUUACCAGGCUUUGCUUCAUCUAACACAGCUUUAACGCCUCCAAAACCUCCAAACCUUCUGAGCAUGCCUGGUGCCAGUGUCCCCUCACCCAGCCUCCCAACAUCUGGACUACCCAACAAGCCUCCCUCCUCCUCCCUGGCCUCGCCCAACCCAGCCCAGGCCAGCACCUCUACCCCGCACCCUGCGCCCACCUCAGCAGCCACCCCGCUGGGCCCUCGGCCCGAACCCCCCAAAGAGCGUGACACGGAAAGGGGCAGAGACAAGGAGAAGCCCAAGGAGAAGCCGGAGCAGACCCCUACGCCGUCCUCAGCAACGAGCACCCCAGCUCCCCCCGCUGCUGCUGCCAGCGCUAAGAAAGAGAAGCCGGACACCGCUGUCCCCGCCACUUCCAUGCCGACGCCUGGCAUGGAGUACGUGGUGGAUCCUGCCCAGCUCCAAGCCCUGCAGGCUGCCCUAGCAUCAGACCCCACAACUCUGCUCACCAGCCAGUUCCUGCCCUACUUCAUGCCAGGCUUCUCGCCAUACUAUGCCCCCCAGAUACCCGGAGCUCUUCAGGGUGGCUACUUACAGCCAAUGUAUGGUAUGGAAGGCCUAUUCCCAUACAAUCCUGCUCUGUCACAAGCUCUGAUGGGACUGUCCCCAGGAUCCCUGCUCCAGCACUACCAGCAAUAUCAGCAGAGCCUGCAGGAGGCACUUCAGCAGCAGCAGCGGCAGCUCCAGCAGCAGCAACAGAAGCAGCAGCAGCAGCAGCAGCAGCAACUUCAGCAGCUCCAGCAACCCAAAGUAAGCCAAACUCCAGUUCCCCCUCUACCCCCGGGGGCCCCAGACCACAAAGAACCUGCCAAAGAUCCAGCGAAAGCUGAAGAGCAGAAAGGCACUCCCUCCUGCGAGGCCUCUUCCUCCUCCUCUUCUUCUUCCUCUUCCUCCUCUUCCCACCAGAACCCCCCCUCCGAGCAGCACGAGAUGGAAAUCAAAAGCGCGGACCCCCUUCUCGACCAGUACAUCGUCCCCAAGGUGCAGUACCGGCUGGCGUGCCGUAAGUGUCAGGCCGUCUUCAGCAAAGAAGAGGCAGCCGUCAGCCAUCUGAAAUCGAUCUGCUUUUUCGGUCAGUCUGUGGCGAACCUGCAAGAGAUGUUGCUUCGGAUCCCCAGCGGCGGCGGCGGCGCAGGGGAGGGCAGUCUCUUCGACUGCCUGGCCUGCGAAACCACGCUGGAAGGGGACGAAGCCCUGAGUCAACACCUGGAGUCAGCCUUGCACAAACACAGAACAAUCAAGCGAUCAGCCAGAAAUGCCAAAGAGCACGCUACUAGUUUAUUACCUCACUCUUCAGCCUGCUUCCCCGAUCCUAACACCGCAUCUACCUCGCAGUCUGCCCCUCACUCUCACAACAGCCCCCCUCCCCCGCCCACGACAACAGCUACCACGCCGUCCUCUUCUGUGUCUUCAUCCUCGUGCUCCUCCUCCUCCACCACCCCGCCACACGCCACAACCGCUGGCAAACCCUGGUCCCAGGCCCCUUUCUCCAGAGCUUUAGCUGGGAAGCCCAAUGCCACUUCUUCUUCUUCUUCUUUUCCUCCAGUAUCCUCACCUUCAACGGUUACCUCAAGUUCAUUGAGCACCUCAGGGGUUCAGACCUCGAUACCAACAGACGUCUUUACCGACGAGUCUGACUCUGACAGCAGUCAGAAGUCUGCAGACAGGCUGGGCCGGCCAGCAGAGGAGCCACAGCAGCCCAGCUGUCUCAAAGACAGUAGUAGUUGUAGUAGUAAUCUCGCUAGCGUAGGGACGGACUCCAUCCGAUUGUAAAAGAGCUCUCAACGAUGGACAAUGUUUAAAAAAAUUUUAAAAAAACACAUACAAAAACAAAAAAAGCAGCGAUGUUAAAAAAAGUUUAAAAAAUAUACAAACCAAUUUCAGAAGAAAAAAAAUGUGUAAAGACUAACUGCAAUUCCAAAGCUUGUAACCAAAAAUUAAAUGUUAGUGGAUUGUUUUCCCAUAUUAACAUGCUGGUUUUCAUUUCUUUCAACACAAAUAUAUAUAUAUAAACGGAUCACUGCAGUUAAGUUUUUGGAUACUGUUAGAAGUGGAAUGCUGUAUAGCAAAGAACUGCCUCAGAUGAUAUUCAAAUAGCCCCCCAAAAACCCCUACCUACAAAAUGAAUCUUCGCAAGACAGGUUUUGCCUUGGUUACGUUUUUGUCCCCAGUUAAUAGCACAGUAUAAAAAGCCAGUAUGUACUGUAUGGGAGAAUAGUCUUACAUUUACAGUUUUCUUGCUAUCUAAGCGUUCAGAUACCAAUGGCUUGCUAAAAUAAAAAAAUAAUGUAAUGUCUAUUUUAUUCUCAGGUCAACAGCUCACAACCUUUUUUCUGUUACAGAAAUUCAUUCUUUUCUAAUUUUUGUUCCUAACAGGAAAACAAACGUUUUUUUUUUUAAUGAUUAAUUUAACAGGCAGAAAGUAUUAAAAAAUAGAAAAUAUUAUAAAGGCAUAGCUUUCUGGGGAUUCAAAAGGGUAGCUGAUCUGCUGAGUUUAAGCAUUUUAAAUAAUUUCAGAGGGGAAAAUUAGCACUCCCACUUUACCCAGACACAAAGAGUGUUGCGGACUUGUAGGUGAAAAAAAAAAGAUUUUUUUAAGAAAAAAAAAACUUUCUGUAUUUAUGAUAGAUAUGAACAUUUUUGGUGUUAAGUAGAUUGUUGCAUUGGAAAUGAAUUUAAACAGUAUGGUAGAUUGAAAAAAAACUUUGUGUACAUUUAGCUUUUGUAUCGUCCAACUUAAAAGCGCUUCAUUUGAUGUUGUCUUGGUCAUUCCAAUAGGCUAGAUUUAGGAGCAGUACUGAUCUAUACUUCAUUUCUGUCUUAUCCUCAGCUUUUGUUCACCCUACCACCAUUCACUGACAUGGUGGGAUACUUUAUUUUGUAGGGACUGAAACAAGUGAAAAUUUUCUUCUUUUUUUUUGGUCACUAGAAUACUGACAAAAAAGAAAAAGAAAUAUUGGGGUGAAACUUUGAAGAAACUAUUUAAUUAUUUAAUUGUGUUACCUUUGUGCACUUAACACUGUCUGACUUUAGCUCUUCCUCUCUAUUCUCUCGUUUUUUUUUUCUUUUCGCUCUGCACUUGUAGAUUUGGAGAUGGUUACUCCUCCUCUUGUACUACAAAAGCAGAUCUUUGUUCUUCGUGUAGUGUGGCUGCAGUCUGUUUUGCUUUCAUUUUGAACUUUUUUUUUCAUUGUCAUGGAUGAAAAUGAAAAAAAAAUAAUAAUUCUCACGCUUUAAAACAAAAAAAAAAAGAAAAUCCAAAGACAAAACACUUUCACCAUUGGUGCAUAAAGAUGAGAAAAAGAGGCUUCUUUAUACUUGAGAAUUUGUUGCUGUUUUUAAAGAAGAGAAAACAAAGUUUAAAAAUAAAAGAAUAAGCAUCAGAGUUGCCGUUUUUGCUUCUUUGCAAGCAGACAGGUGGCUUUUUACGUAAAAUAACAAGAAUACCAAAUACCAAAAAAAGGGCCCUUGUCCUAGCAUUGUGGAGUAGCACCAUAAUAGAGCCAUUGCAGUUUGUAAGAUAGAAGUUAAAAACGCUCUUUGUUAAACUUGGGGCACAUGUGUUAUGUUAAUCUAGACAUUUUCAUUUCUGUCACACACAAAAGUCCAUUUUUUAAGAAAAUGUAUAAGGUCUGGUCUCUGAAGACAUAAGUUUUGCUGCUAAUGUAGUUUUUUGAAAAGAAACCUAGAUGCAUGCUCAUUUUGCUUUUUGGCUAAGCUUUAACAAAACAGAAACAAUAAACCAAUUUUCCCUGCCUCUGCAAUUUUCUUUUUUUCUUUUUUUUCCUUGUUGCAAAAACGGAACUUUGAAGACUGUGAAUAUACGUUCCAAAGGACAGUUUGGCUGACUUUCUAUUUUCCUUAUGUUUAAUUUUAUUAUUUUUAAACCAAUGUUGAAAGCCAAUGAUCUAUAUUGUUUGUACAGAACAGUGCAUUCCAAAAUACCACGUUGAAGAGUUUGUCUUUUUUUAAAAAAAAGCAAGGACUGAUUUUUUUUUUGUUAUUUGCAAGGUGACUGUAAGCUGUUGUGUAAAUUUAGAAUCCUGGUUUGCAAAGCAUAAGGACUCAAACUCCCUCUUGUCUAGUUCUGGUGUUGGGAGAUUAAAAUCUCUAGAAACAGAAAGGAUGUAGCCCAUUGAAAAGAUUACCAAGAAGUACAGGUCACCAAAACAUUACACACUUGGUACGGAUCUCUGUUUUUCCAGUUGACUGUUUUCAUGACUCUCAAUGCCCAACAAGUUACUGAAGGAAAUAGUUGCUGUUUGCAAGUAAGUCUGCCUCCCUCCUUACAAAUAAACAACUAGGGGCUCUUUCGAGGUUUCUGAGCAGUUCUAAGCCAUUUUCAAAUAUGAGCUGUUGACAAAAGACUUCUAAGGAAUAUUUUGAUCCAAAGCAUAGAAACUGGUAUUUUGAGAUGUCCCUGAAUGAUUUUGGAACAUUUAAAGGUGUGUCAACACCUUUUACUCCAAAGAGGUCACUCCCACAGCUGGUGGAUGAAAAUAUUAUGGUUGUGCUCAAUGAACUCCCCCACUCUCCUUUACAAAAAAGUAGCUUAGAAAAAAUAACUAACUACUGAGUUUUGCCCCAUUUUCUUACUUCCCUCACACCAAAAUCACAGCUAUGUGGAAAUUUGAACAGCUGAAGCGAUUGGAAGCAGCAUGCCUUUAGUUCUUGAGUGUGUACAGUUCAGCCUGCAUUAAGCAACACCACAGUUCAGAAUAAGUUUGGAAUUAAAAAGAAAUAAGACAUAAAUGUCUCAGAGCAAUGUGAUUUGGUGUUAACACUUCCAGACGCAAAAGAAAUUGGCUAAUUUGGUCAGUAGGUUUGCCACCCCUCAGAUAAUCCAAAAUUCUGGUCUCUUAACAUAUUGUAUGUUUGUUUUUUAAAACAAAACCAAUGUUGUACAGUUUAUUCUUUAAUACUUUUUCCUUUUCAUAGUUAUGUUUUUUCAUAUAACUAUUUGUGUGUAAUUUGGUUUCUGUAUAUUACAUUGUUUUUCUCAUAUAAAAUUAACAUUUAACACUAGCUUUAUAUUUGAAUUGCUGAAGUUUUCUUUUUUAUUCUUUAUACUAUGACCUGGCCACUUUAUGGUGUAAUAAUGUCUCCUAUAUUUUUGUGUUUUUAAAAGACUGUUUGAAUUCUUGUUUCCAAAGUUUAUUCUGUUCUGGGCUCCUUUCUGUGUAGGAAGAGGUCAAGGUCUUUGCACCAGAUUCAAGAAGCAUGAACUGUGUGUUUCCUGCAGGAGCCCUUUUCAUUUUUUUGUUUGUUUCAUAAUGUUAUUUUAUUUUUACAAUUGUUUGAGUGUAAAAGGCACCAAAAGUACUGAACCGCGAAGCUGGAUUAAAAAAGGAGGUGAAGAUUUUAAAAAGAAAUAAUAAUAUUGAAAAUAAUAAUAGUAAAGCACUGAGCAGUUUUUAU